UUUGUUCUUUAUCUUUGCAGUUGUUACCUUUGAAUGCGCAUUGGCCUUCUUUGCGUAGAAACAUGGACAUAUUCAACCUUUCAACGAUUACGAUUUUCUUAAUUGCAAUAUUACAUAUGGACCAGUUUCUUCGACUCACAAUUGUACCAUCAAAGAUUACUCGCUCAUAAAUCAUCAGAAAAUAUUUAGGCAAAUGAUUCAGGACAACCAUAACCAACUAAUUUUCAUUUAUCUUGAAAUGUUUGGAAUAUACGAAAUUGCGGACAAUGAUUUCAAUAGAAACAGGAUGGCCGAAUGGAUCUGGGUCACGCAAGAUUAUAAACAUCUCCUGCGAUACCCUAUGGAUAUUGACUUAUAUACAUUUGGUCUUCUAAGAAGAGGAACUGACAAUUUUCAUCUGCAAGUAGAAAUAGAAAAUGUCGAGGAGUGCAAAAAAUCAUCUCUCACAAAUUUUCCUUACGAAUAUUUAACGAAAAUUGUAAACAAUCAAGGAAAAGGAAUGCUAUGUCAUAGAUAUUUUGAAAACCAAGGGUUUAAACUAUUUUUAUUUAAUAUUUCUCAUGUGUCAAUUGGCUAUGAUUUUGAAUGUUUUUCAGAUAACCUUAAUGAGACAAAAUAUGAGAUUGUUACAAAGUCUCCGAUCAUUUACAUUACCAUUGCCAUUGUAGUUAUUUUCAUUUCCUUUUACCCUGCUUUUGUAUCAAUUGCAGUUCACGACGAACAACAGCAUAGAAAUGUUAAAUUUUACACAAAAGCAGAUUAUCCUUAUACAUUUAGACGACUUUUCCUAUUCCUUUUAUUUCAUAAUACCUCUCGUACCAUUAUCAGUGUUUUUCGUUUCACAUUUCUAAUGCUGUUGAUGGGUUUUUCUUUUUUCUGCGUGAAGUUGAUAGUAACGGCUUCUUGUGAAAACUGUUUUCCAACAGAUAAAAGAAACUAUCCAAGAGUUUUUGACCUAACUACGGGGGAAUCAGAAGAAAAUCUUUUGAGACUCAUUGCAUUAUCGUUCACUUUUUUGAUUGUUUUACAUAUCGUGAACUAUACUGCAUUUGAUCACUUUAAUACUGAAGACCAUGUUGUUUUAUUUGAUAUAACAAACAUGUGUCUGCCCUCUGAAAAUGAGCAAAGUGGUAUAAAUGUAAAAAUUUUAAGAUUUAUUCCAAUCCAUUAUUUCACGAGUAAUGAUGAGUGUAGUAAUAGCGUGUUUUCGCAAAUUGUAUGGAGAUAUAAACAGCUUGCUUCUCUUUAUUUCUGGAGUAAAAUUUGUUUAUUUCCAAUGAGAAAUUUUACGAAAAUCAAACACAAGGGAUGUAAAUUUAUUUAUGUAAUUAUAAAUUUUUUUUUAAUAUUCCCCAUUAAUCUAUUUGUUUUUGUCUCAUGUUCUCUAUAUGAAGAAAGGGACAACGACUUCAAUAUUUUCUUUCCUCUUAUUGCAUCUGUUUUUGCACCAAGGAUUCUAGAGAAAUACUGCCUAGAAAAACAUGUAGAAAUACCACCUGGUUAUCAAGCUUUUAGGUCUAGCUCCGAUUAUGAUAGUGAGAAUGAAAUCAGAAAUGAACAUAUAUCUGAGGAAAGGGAGAGUACGAGUGUCAAAAUUCCACAAUCGGCCUCCCAAUUUCCAGAUAAUGAAAUAAGCCAUUUAAGUAAUAGGUCGUACCAGAAUAUGUUACAAGGGGACGGCAUCACUAUAGUAUAA